CACGCCGUCAUCGCCGACGCCGAGCCUUCCCGUCGAUUCCGGCUGCUCCCUUUUUGCUACUCCGCCGCCGGCGUUGCCCUCCUCCACGAACUCGUCUUACCUGCCGCCGCGGCGCUCUGUGUUAGCGCUACUUGUCUCUCUUAUCUCUCUCUCCCUCUGUCCCACCGCUUUCCCUUCGUCGUCUUCUCGUCUCCCUCAGCGCCGGCGAGAGGCACCCCGUUCCACCGGGCUUGCCCCGUAUCCGGCAGCUAGCGCCGCUGCCCCCUAACCAGUAGCCGCGCAUACUUUCGCCCGCUCCCACAGAGCUAGGGUUUCUCCACGUUCAUCACCCAGCGCCGCCAGAUCCAGCGUUGUCUUCCUCUUGCCGCACGCGGCGGCGGCUCAUUCGUCGUCGAACACGCCGGGGCGCCUGCUCCUCUUCCGUCCUCCGCUCGCACCAGCCGCCUCCUCAUCCUCCUGCAUCUGCCGGUGCCGCCUCCGACUCCUCCCGCAUCUGCCGGCAUCGUCUCCUCACUAUUAUUUUGGAUAAGAUGUCGUCCAAGAAGAACUAUUACAAGGAGAAGGUGAUGCGGCGGAAAGAGGAGAAAAAAGAAGAACCAGAGACACCGAGGUAUCGAGAUCGUGCUAAGGAACGUCGUGAAGAUCAAAACCCUGAUUAUGAACCUACAGAGCUUGGUUCAUUUCAUGCUGUGGCACCUCCUGGAACAGAUUUAAGGCUAGCAGAUGCACACAAGAUAUCUAUUGAGAAAAGCAAAUAUCUUGGAGGUGAUUUGGAACAUACACAUUUGGUCAAAGGCUUGGACUAUGCUCUACUUCACAAAGUACGAAGUGAAAUAGAUAAGAAGCCUGAUGCAGAGGAUGGGAAGGAUACACAGUCAAGGUCAACAAAAGAAGAUCAGGCAGUCUCGUUUCGCACUGCAACUGCAAAGUCUGUCUAUCAAUGGAUCAUAAAGCCACAAAGCAUCGUAAAGUCAAAUGAAAUGUUUCUUCCUGGUCGGAUGGCAUUUAUUUACAACAUGGAGGAUGGACUUAACAAUGAUAUUCCGACAACUCUUCACAGGAGCAAAGCUGAUUGCCCUGUUCCCGAGGAGAUGGUUACUGUCAGUGUGGAUGGUUCUGUACUUGACAGGAUUGCUAAAAUCAUGUCAUACCUUCGACUUGGAUCAUCUGGGAAAGUCUUGAAGAAAAAGAAAAAGGAGAGGGACACAAAAGGGAAGAACAGUUUGGCAAGUGGUGACUACGAUGAGGUGGCUAGACCUGGCCAAACUAAUGGUUCUGCUCUGAAACAGCAAAUACAAAAGGCAAUGCCACCACCGCCACCCCCUCGAAAUAAUAAUUUCAGUGGGAACGAGAAACAGUCUGUUCCUGUUGUUAGAGCAGAUGAGGAUGAUAUUUUUGUUGGAGAUGGUGUUGACUAUUCUGUUCCUAACAAAGAAAUGAGCCAGAGCCCUGUCUCUGAAGAUAUGGAGGAGUCCCCACAUAACCACCAGAAGCAGUCCUAUUUCACUGAACCUAUCUAUGGGCCCGUCGCACCAUCUGACAAUGCUCAAGCUUGGCCACAACCGAAUGGAUAUGAUGCUAUUCAAGCUCAAAUGGUAGCUGCUGGAUAUCAAGGAGAGUGGUCAGGCUAUCCGUACAGUGAACAACUGGCUUAUCCGGAACAAUACAUGCAACAAAGCACUCAGGACUAUGAUGUGUUAGCUGAUCCAAAUAUAUCCCAGGAUCCAAGGUUGAUGACUCAGGCAGAUAAGGAUAGAGGCCUUGGUUCUGUUUUCAAACGUGACGAUGAAAGGCUUAAGCAGCUGAGGGAAAAAGAUGCACGGGAGAAGGAUCCUAAUUUUAUUUCAGAUAGUUACUCCGAGUGCUAUCCUGGUUAUCAGGAGUACAACCAUGAGAUUGCAGGGAGUGAUGAAGAAGAUGAUUUGUCGAAGAUGGACAUGGGUGGCCGGGCUAAGGGCCGUCUUCACAGGUGGGACUUUGAGACGGAAGAGGAGUGGGCCAAAUACAAUGACGAGAAGGAGGCCAUGCCCAAGGCCGCAUUCCAGUUUGGGGUGAAGAUGCAGGAUGGCAGGAAGACGAGGAAGCAGAACAAGGACCAGAAGAUCACGAAUGACCUCCACAAAAUCAACAAGAUACUUGCCAGGAAGAAGGGUGAGAGAGAUGGAGGGGAUGAUGGCGGGCAUUACGAUGACGAUCUACCUAGUGGGAAGAAGCAUCGUGCUUGAUGUUAUUAGUCACUCGGUUUAUCCUGCGAGUGGUGUAGAAUUGUAUGUACAAGGAAUUACAGUGCUAUUAACACAUGGCAGUCGCAAUGUCCAGCGUUUGUUUAAGGUUGGUCGGUACAGUUUUAAGGGGGGGAUUAAAGAGGAUGGUCAUUGCUUCGAGCUG